AUGAAGAUUAUUUCUUUAAAUUUAAGAGGGUGGGGAAGUAGUGCCAAACGCCGUCGUUUAAGUAAGCUUCUCACUACAGGUACGUUUGAUUUAUGCUUGUUACAAGAGACCAAACGGGCAUAUUUCGAUGAUUUUAUGAUUCAAAAUUUGUGGGGUCAUAAGGAUGUAGAAUGGGUGGCGAAAGAGUCUGAUGGUAUUUCGGGGGGUUUGUUGAUUAUAUGGAAUGCAGGAUUGUUUAAAGUUAAUUAUUGCUUUACUGGUGAUAGUUUUCUUGGCUUGUGCGUGGAAUGGAAGGAGGGUACCCUGUACAUUAUUAAUGUUUAUUCCCCUUGUAAUUUUUCUGGCAAACGAAAACUGUGGAGUGACUUGGUGGAGUUUAAAAUGAAUAAUGUUCAAGGUGAUUGGUGUUUAGGAGGUGAUUUUAACGCAGUAAUGAAGGUGGGGGAAAGGAAGGGUAAUAGCUCGCUAUCUAGACAAACUAAGAGGUUCGAAUUUUGUCAGUUUGUUGAAGCUAUGGAUUUGAUAGAUGUACCAGUCGCUGGUAAGAAGUUCAGUUGGUUUAGUGCAGACGGCAAGGCCAUGAGUAGAUUGGAUCGGUUCUUGCUUUCAGACAAAUUCAUUGAAAAGGGAGAAGUAUCCGGACAAUGGAUUGGUAACCGUGAUAUAUCAGACCAAUGUCCGAUAUGGUUGUUGUGUUCUAAUCUCAAUUGGGGUCCAAAACCAUUUAAGCUGAAUAAUUGUUGGCUGGAACAUGCCGAGUUCAAACCAUUUGUUGCGAAAAUUUGGGAGAAGCUGAAUAUCAAAGGGAAGAAAGCCUUCGUUAUUAAGGAAAAAUUGAAGCGGUUAAAGGAGGAGUUGAGAGGAUGGAAUAAGGAGGUGUUUGGCAUGCUGGAUUUGAAUAUUGAGAAUACUGUGAAGGAUUUGAAUGAGGCUGAGGGGAUCAUUGACAGCAAUGGGGUAAAUUCGGUAACAACUAACAAAGCAGCUAUCAACAAAAAAAUUUGGGAUCAACUUUAUUUUAAGGAAAGCUUGAUAAAACAGAAAUCUAGAUUGAAAUGGGUUAGAGAAGGCGAUUCCAAUUCUCGCUUUUUUCACACAAGCCUUAAGAGCAGAAGAAGAAGAAAUCAGUUGUCUUUUCUCAAAAGAGGCAAUGAGUGGAUUCAAGGGGUCGAAAAUAUCAAGAUGGAAGUAAAGAAUUACUUUGUUCAGAAUUUUACGGAAGAUUGGCAUCAUAGACCGUUUGUUCACGGCAUUGAUUUUAAUGUGCUAUCGGCGGAUGAUAAUGAUGUAUUGUUACAGCCCUUUUCGGAAGAAGAUGUUAGAGAGGUGAUAUGGAGUUGUGACGGCAACAAGAGUCCCGGACCGGACGGGUUCAAUUUUAAUUUCUUAAAGGAGUGUUGGGCUACGGUGAAAGUCGAUGUAAUGGAAUUUUUGAACGAAUUUUAUCAUAAUGCAGUUUUGCCAAAAGCUAUCACUGCGUCAUUUUUAGCUCUCAUUCCGAAGAAAGAUCACCCUUAA